AUGGCCUCCCAGAGCAUAUCAUCGGCCCAUAUAGUUGCCGGCGACGACGACCUCUUGACGGAGAUAUUACUCCGCCUACCCAUAAGACCACUCCUCCGUUUCAAAUCCGUUUCCAAACACUGGCUCUCUCUCAUCUCCAACCCAUAUUUUCGUCACCGCCGAAGCCAUGGCAUUACCACUCCCUCCGGCUUAUUCUUGCGCCGAUUCUCUUUCCCCGAUUUUCUCAAACACGAUUUUGUCCCUCUGGAUGGUUCAAGCGCAACCAAACCCCCUUUCAGAGCCCUCAAUUUUGUCAACCAACCCAGUAGUAUAGAAAUCUCGCAGUCUUGUAAUGGUUUAUUGUGUUGUUGCACCUUUCAAGGAACUAAAGCUCAACGCAAUUUCAAGAACACUCGCGGUGUUCAAUUGGCCUUUGAUCCGUCGAAAUCACCAUGCUACAAAGUUGUUUGUGUUUAUUCAUCUGUGGGAUUGCCUGAACAUUAUGAAAUUGAAGUAUAUUCAUCUGAAACCGGUCUUUGGAGGCGCUCUGGUAAUCCUUUCCGCUCAUCUGUUACAUUUAAGAAAGGGGUUUUCUGGAAUGGUGCUAUUAAUUGGUUCAACUCCUCGGGCGAUUUUUUAUGUUUUAAUGUUGAUGAAGAGUGGCUUCGAACGCUGGCAAUGCCACCGGCUCCCAAUGGUGGUGAGAAGAGGAUGGUUAAAUACUUCGGGGAAUCUUGUGGCCAUUUGCAUCUUAUUGAGAAUUAUGGUCCUCCUACGAUACAUUUCAUUGUCUAUGAAAUGGGAAGAAAUUACUCUGGUUGGUUUGUGAAGUACGUUGUCGAUCUUGACCCAGUUAUGAAAGCAUUUCCAGAGUCCAUGAACAGAGGUGUGGGUUCAUCAGACUUGAAUUAUUACAUGUUUCUUAUACUAACUCUUACACGAAUGGGUAAUGACGAGGAGUCAUUUCUAUUGUUUACUUUACCUGCUAAGGCGAUGCGUUACAAUUUGUCGGACAAAACUUUUGAGAAGGCUUUCGACUUUGAAGAAGGUCGUGUAAGAAGGGAGAUUUUCCCAAUUGUCCCAUGGAAUGAUGCAUUUCCAUACAUUGAGUCCCUCGCUUGUGUGUGAUAAUAUUUCUUGCAAUAACCAGUAGAGUCCCCUGUUUUCACUGUGUUGUUGUUACAUUUAGUUUUGUUGUUGAAUCAGUUUUUCUUAUCCAUGGUCAAUGAGAUUUGAUGUUUUGGGUAUAUAUACAUUUGUAGAAGCUAUAAUCUUCAUGUUUAUUUUAAUUUUUGGUCCACUUUAUGUAGGUUUUGUGAUAGUACUUAAUUGUAAAGGUAAUU